AUGGUGAACCGCCAGAAUCCUCGUCGUCGUUUACGUCGCCGCCUCAUAGAAAACAAGAGAGCAAAAGAUGUUAUCAGCUCUUUACCUGAUGAUAUCCUCCUACAUAUCCUCUCCUUCACUCCGACCAAAUUCGCCAUCAGAACUUCCCUUUUGUCAAAACGAUGGCGGUAUAUAUGGUGCGAUACACCUUCUCUCUACUUUGAUAACUGUACACAACGACCUGCUUCUAUUAUAGAAACCCAAAUGCACUACAGAGCUCCCAAGGUGAACCAUUUUCGUCUUAAAACCAACUUGCAGAACAAAGUUAACUUUAUCAAGAGUUGGGUCAAAUACGCCAUGUCCCCCUCUUCUAAUAUGGUCCAUGGAUGCUCGGUAUCUUGGCCAUCAUUGAAAAAGUUGUCCUUGCGUUGGUGUGGAUUCCCUAAUGAAUCCAUUGCCAAGCUUUUAUCUGGUUGCCCGAAUCUUGAAUGUUUAACGUUGUACUGCUGCAAGGGACUUGGGUUCCUUGAUCUCAGCAAAAAUUUUCACUUGAGAACAUUAGAAAUAAACAGCCACGUUGAGAGUUCGACGAAUAUUGUGGCACCACAUAUCCAUUGUCUCAGAUUGAUAAACUCUCAGUUACCAUGUACUUUAGUUAAUGUCUCUUCUCUAACGGAAGCGAAACUGGACAUUUGUAUUAGAUCAAGAGAUAGGAUCUUCAAGGAUGAUUUUCUUCAAGCAAUGGUUCUAGGGAUGCUGGACAAAUUACAACAUGUGGAGAAGCUAACUUUUGGUGGAAACUUUCUUCAGAUUUUAUCUCUUGCUGAGGUUCGUGGUGUUCAUUUCCCGAUGUUAGAGGUCAAAACUUUGAUUCUUGAGACAGUAAUCUUUCAGUGUGUUGUUCCUGGUAUAGAAAGAUUAUUACAAAACUCACCUGAUUUAAAGAAGUUAAUGACCGAACUACUAGCCGGAUCAGGUUCAUGGCGAAACAUGGGAAAGCCAUUUGGAAAGCAGUCCCUUGCAUUGUUUAGAGUGCUGGUGAGCAAGCAGAAUGUCCCGAAUUGUUCUGUCGAGAACCCGAAAUAA